UCAGUUGAGGAAACUGUCACUAAGCAGUAGUCAAUAUGAAUGAUGACCACAGUGUUUUUGUGAGUCCACUGGGUACUCGGUAUGCAUCACCUGAAAUGUCUUAUAACUUUAGUGACAAGAAAAAAUUCACAACAUGGAGAAGAUUGUGGGUGUGGCUAGCUAGAGCACAAAUGGAACUGGGCUUACCAGUGACUGCAGAGCAGGUUCUGGAGAUGGAAGGACAAAUAGAUAAUAUAGACUAUGCUGCGGCAGCUGCAGCUGAGAGUCAGACUCGUCACGACGUCAUGGCCCACAUCAGAGUUUUUGCAGCUUCCUGCCCUCUUGCAGCUCCCAUCAUCCAUCUUGGUGCAACCAGCUGUUAUGUUGGUGACAAUACGGACUUGCUGUGCAUUAGGGACGGACUAGACCUGCUGCUACCAAAGCUGGCACGCGUCAUCUCGAGACUCAGCAAGUUUGCCUUGCAAUACAAAGACCUGCCAACACUUGGCUACACCCACAUGCAACCUGCGCAGGUGACGACAGUAGGCAAGCGCGCAUGUCUGUGGCUGCAGGACCUUCUCAUGGACGAGCUCUCCAUCAGGAGGCUGAGGGAGGACCUGCGCUUCAGGGGCGUCAAGGGCACCACCGGCACCCAGGCGUCAUUCAUGCAGCUCUUCCAGGGUGACAGCGAUAAGGUAAAGCGUCUGGACGCGCGGGUGGCGCAGCUGGCAGGCUUCGAGGCCGUGUUUGCUGUGACGGGCCAGACCUACACCAGGAAGCUGGAUGUGCUGCUGCUCAACGCUCUUGCUGCCCUCGGUGCCAGCGUCCACAAGAUGUGCUCAGACCUGCGGCUGCUGGCGCACCUAAAGGAGGUGGAGGAGCCCUUUGAGGCACACCAGGUUGGGUCUUCAGCGAUGGCCUACAAGAGGAACCCUAUGCGCAGUGAGCGCUGCUGUGCCCUCAGCCGCUACCUCAUGGGGCUGCCCUCUAAUGCACUGCACACUCACAGCACGCAGUGGAUGGAGCGAACACUGGACGACAGUGCAAAUAGACGGUUAGUGCUGUCCGAAGGGAUGCUGUGUGCUGACGGUCUGCUGCUGACGUUGCAGAACAUCACCGAGGGCUUGGUGGUGUACCCUGCGGUGAUCAGCAAGCACCUUGCUGACGAGCUGCCAUUCAUGGCCACCGAGAACAUCCUCAUGGCGGCCGUCAGCGCUGGUGGCGAUCGUCAGGAAUGUCACGAGGAGCUGCGACGACUCAGCCAGGCUGCAGGCGACGUCGUCAAGAAGGAGGGACGCGACAACGACCUCGUCAGGAGGGUGAAGGAGUCCCACGUCUUCCUCAGCCUCGCCCUUCCCAUUGACGACCUCGUCCAGCCCUCCAGCUUCGUCGGACGAGCUCCCCAGCAGGUGCAGGAGUUCGUGAAGGACGAGGUGGCGCCGGUGCUGGCGCGCUACGAAGGGCAGCUCGAGGGCGAGGUCGCUCUUAAAAUAUGAGGCCUUAUUGUAUUUAUCAACAAUUAUUUAUUAUCAACUCGGGUAUUAAUUUGGUCAGUGGAAUGUGUUGUUAAUAAAGAUGGAAUUCUUCCAUAAAUGAAAUUGAUCUUUUUUAAUAAAACAGUGAAUAUGUU